AUGGACUCCCAAAGAGAGAGAUAUAGAGAAGUGCAAGCACAGACUCCCAGAGAGAGAGAGAGAGAGAGACGCACGCGCACAGACUCCCAGAGAGAGAGAGACGCGUGCACACAGACUCCCAGAGGGAGAGAGACACGUGAGAGAGAGAGAGAAGAGAGAGAGAGAGUGAGAGAGAGAGAGAGAGAGAGAGAGAGAGAGGGGAGA